AUGGUAUGGGUCUCCUCGGUCUGCUUUCUACAAUGCAGGCCUGGGUCCUGUAAGGAGAUGAAGCUAACUAGCAGGGUAGGGAAGGCCCCUUCCCCAUCUGACUUUCUGGAUAAACUCAUGGGAAGGACAUCUGGGUAUGAUGCCCGCAUUAGACCCAACUUCAAAGGUCCUCCUGUGAAUGUCACCAUCAACCUGUUCAUCAACAGCUUUGGGUCCAUCACAGAAACCACUAUGGACUAUCGGCUUAAUGUGUUUCUACGGCAACAAUGGAAUGACCCACGACUGGCCUAUAAGGAGUACCCUGAUGACUCUCUGGACCUGGAUCCUUCCAUGUUGGACUCCAUCUGGAAACCUGACCUUUUCUUUGCCAAUGAAAAAGGGGCAAACUUUCACGAAGUCACCACAGACAACAAACUGCUGCGGAUAUUCCAAAAUGGGAAUGUCCUCUACAGUAUCAGGUUAACUCUGAUCCUGUCCUGCCCUAUGGAUCUGAUUAACUUCCCUAUGGACAUUCAGACAUGCUCUAUGCAGCUGGAAAGCUUUGGCUACACCAUGAAUGACCUGUGUUUCCAGUGGCUGGACAUUGGCCCUGUGCAGGUGGCUGAUGACCUGAUGCUUCCUCAGUUUGUGUUGAAGGAGGAGAAAGACUUGGGCUACUGCACCAAACACUACAACACAGGUAAAUUCGCCUGCAUCGAGGUAAAGUUCCACCUGGAGAGACAGAUGGGUUACUACCUGAUCCAGAUGUACAUCCCCAGCCUGCUAACCGUCAUCCUCUCCUGGGUCUCCUUCUGGAUCAACAUGGAUGCGGCCCCAGCUAGAGUGGGCCUUGGUAUCACCACAGUGCUCACCAUGACAACACAAAGCUCUGGGUCCAGGGCAUCCUUGCCUAAGGUGUCUUAUGUGAAGGCCAUUGAUAUCUGGAUGGCUGUGUGUCUUCUUUUUGUGUUUGCUGCACUGCUGGAGUAUGCAGCAGUAAACUUUGUCUCACGACAGCACAAAGAGUUCUUCAGACUGAGGAAAAAGAUCAAAGAACAACAGAGGCAGAGAACUGAGCAAGAACUGGCAGAGCAGAGUCAGGCCUAUUUUCUCCAUAGUUAUGGAGCAGUAGAAGAUGCGCCACCAGAGAUGGACUCCCCAAUCUUUCAGGCCUUACCUCCUGGGUUUCCACUGUAUGACAUCCGCAGGCGGUUUGUAGAUCGGGCAAAAAGGAUUGACACUAUAUCCAGGGCUGUGUUCCCUCUGAGUUUCCUUUGCUUCAAUGUUUUCUAUUGGCUCACGUACAAAGUGCUACGGAAUGAAGCCAUCCGAGCUACUCUGUGACAAACCAACAUCUGUGGACUGAGUUAUAGCACUAGAAUCUAGUCUUCCACAGAACACUUUGAGACAGUGUUAGCGAUCCAUCAGCUGUGCCAAUGGAUAAAUAACUGACUGCAUGUCCAGUUCCAUUCAUUUUUUAAUGAAAGUAAGUAAACUUGAUGUCUCUUCGAAGUGUCAUCCUUAAUUUUUUUUUUACAAUUCCAAUGGAACGCACGAAUGGCAUAUAAGCCUUCUUGCACUAUGGAUACUUUCAAUGUCACCCCCAUGGAGGGCACAAGUCCAGAUAUUGAAGCAGGACUGCAUGGAAAAAAAUAAUAUUUUUUUUGUAUUUCAGAAUUGUAUUUAUUUUGUACUCUUGUGGAUUGCCACAUUACCGUAUUGGCAAAUCAUAAACCCCUACAAAUAUAUUGAUUUCAACAUAUGGUACACUAUGUAAUUGUACAUUAUUGGUACAGAAGUGAAUGCUGGACAUAUUGAAUUGUCUAGUUAGGCAAUGUCCUUGAUUAUCAUACUGUGUCAAGUAUUGACUUUGUCAUCCUCAAUUAAACAAA